AUGAAGGAGACCACCCCCGGCGCCCCACCCUUCUAUUUGGGCCAAGGAACAUCUGCAGAGCUACACCGAAGCAGUCUACGACUGGCCCGUCGCAUCGAUCCGGACGUCGAUCUGGAGAGUGGAGGGAGAUCAAGGGAAAGCUCCGGUGAAAGCCUAAGACCGGCCUCCACUCUCUCGGCUGGAAAUUCCAAUAUUUCCGUAGAUGUAAAUGAUGACGAUUCAGCCACCCAAGUUCCAAACAUUCGCCUUCAUCACAGUCGUUCCCUUGAAGUUCCGCCAGACUACCAAAAUACCAUAUCCCCAGAUCUCGGCCGCACCCGGCGGAAUCCUAGGCUCGCUAAUAGUUGUGUAAAUUUUUUAGUG